AUGGCGUCUGCUGUCCCCCUUCAGGAAGACCUCCAAAGAUUUCACUACCGUCAUUAUGCUCCUAGUUGCACGACGUAUUUCUCUCAGACCUUUGGCGUUCACGCUGGAUUUCAGAGCAACGCCCAGCAAGAAGAAGAAUAUGGUGACGACGACGACGGCCUGGGAUAUUAUUCCGAUGGCACGAAGCGGACUUUGACUGAUGAACAGAUUGCCAUGUUUAGACAUAGCGAACUGCAAGCUCUGCUUCGAGAAAGAAGGAAACAAAAGCUCCAACAGGAAGAAACGUCGGAUGUAAUCGAACCCCUUGCGAUCAGCAGUGCACCCGACAGAUCCAAUAUCGAAGAAGAUGAAGACGAAGAGGAAUACGCACGUUUUCUAGCAGAAGAGCGCAAGAAUUUGAGCAAAUCUGCGAAGAAAAAGAGAAAGAAGAAUAAAAAGGGAAAAUCGGCGCGUGCAUCUACCGACGGCGAGAAAUGUCCCCGGAGAAUCGCAAGAGAGAUGGAUGACAGCACAGGCGGCGCUGAUGCUGCAUUAGAUUAUGAUGAAGCUCCACAGCCUUCGUAUGCCGACAAAGAGCAAGAAAAUGCCUUAUAUCAUAAACCGGUUGCUGGAAGACGCACCGUGGAAUAUGGCGACGUUGAGGAGAACAGCCGGGACAUAUCACGGGAACCUCAAGCAUCAAAGGCGGAAAAGGCAUUUCAGUGGCCCAAGUUAGGCACAGUCUGA